AUGUCUUCACCACAGCAAAGGCUAUCCUCUGUCGCGAACCAGCUGUCGCCCUCCGGGGUGUCGGCUGCGAAGCAGCGCAUUCUUUCCAAGAACCCCGACGAUGUGGUCAUCACCUACCUUGCCAGAACGCCUCUUACCAAGGCUCGUAAGGGCGGAUUGAAGGAUACCACCGUCGACAACCUGCUGAUCUCCCUGCUCACUACCGUGCGCGAAAAAUCCAACAUCGAUCCGAACCUCGUCGAGGAUGUCUGCGUGGGCAACUGCCUCUCCCCCGGCGCCGCCUACCUCGCCCGCUCCGCCGUGCUGGCCGCCGGAUUCCCUGCGACGGCCGCGACCUCCGUGACGAACCGCUUCUGCUCCUCCGGCCUGCUGGCCAUCCAGAACAUCGCCAAUCAGAUCACGGCCGGCUCAAUCGACGUGGGUAUCGCCGUGGGCGCGGAGAGCAUGAGCACCAAUGCCGAUGGCGGAUCCCCCGACAUGGCCGAGCGUAUCAACCAACACCCCAUCGCCUCGCAGAAUUACCAGCCCAUGGGCCAGACGUCGGAGAACGUGGCGGGUCAGUUCAAUAUCUCGCGCGAACAACACGACAAAUUCGCCGCGGCUAGCUACCAGAAGGCCGAGCGCGCGCAGAAGGCAGGAUGGUUCAAUGAUGAGAUUAUCCCCAUCAAGACUCAGAUCAAGGACCCCAAGACCGGCGAGGUCAAGGAUGUGGUUGUUGAUCGCGAUGAUGGCAUUCGCUACGGCACCACCGCCGAGAGUCUCGGCAAGAUCCGCUCGGCUUUCCCCCAGUGGCAGCCCAGCGCGACAACUGGUGGCAAUGCCAGUCAGAUCACGGACGGUGCUGCGGCGCUGGUUCUGAUGAAGCGCUCGCAGGCCGAGAAGCUGGGUCAGCCCAUUGUUGGCAAGUUCUGUGGUGCUACUGUCGCCGGUCUGGAGCCGCGCAUCAUGGGUAUCGGUCCCUCCAUUGCGAUCCCCAAGGUUCUGGGCAAGUUCGGCCUGAGCAAGGAUGAGAUUGAUAUCUUCGAGAUUAACGAAGCUUUUGCCUCGAUGGGUGUCUACUGCGUCGGCAAGUUGGGACUGGAUGAGUCCAAGGUGAACCCGCGUGGUGGUGCCAUUGCUUUCGGUCACCCUCUGGGUGCUACUGGUGCCCGCCAGGUUGUUACCGCUCUGGCGGAACUGCGUCGCCAGGAUAAGCGUGUAGCAGUGACAUCGAUGUGUGUCGGAACCGGUAUGGGUAUGGCCGGCAUCUUUGUUUCCGAACACUAG